GAGACAGCAGCCUCUGAGACAAGAAUUGCCUACUAACUAUGGCAAAUACAACUCCAUGUGAUGUGACAGAGCACUUUGAUUCUGAAGUGCAGGAGAACCGAGUACUAAGCCUGGAAGAAUGGCAAGACAAAUGGGUGACCCGAAACAUUGGAUUUCAUCAAGAACAAGGGCAUCAGCUAUUAAAGAAGCAUUUGGAUACAUUUCUUAAAGGCCAGAGUGGACUGAGAGUGUUUUUCCCCCUCUGUGGAAAAGCAGUUGAGAUGAAAUGGUUUGCGGAUCGGGGCCACACUGUAAUUGGCGUAGACAUCAGUGAAAUUGGGAUUCGGGAAUUUUUCGCAGAGCAGAAUCUUUCGUAUACAGAGGAACCAUUCAAUGAAAUUGCUGGUGCCAAAGUGUUUAAGAGUUCUUCCGGGAGCAUUUCUCUGUACUGCUGCAGCAUUUUUGAUCUUCCCAGAGCGAAUAUUGGCAAGUUUGACAGGGUUUGGGAUAGGGGAUCAUUAGUGGCUGUCAAUCCAGGUGACCGCACGCGCUAUGCAGAUAUAAUAAUGUCCCUACUGGGAAAAGGGUUUCACUAUCUGGUGGCUAUCCUUUCUUAUGAUCCAACGAAGCAUGCAGGCCCACCAUUUUAUGUUCCAGAUGCUGAACUUAAAAAGUUAUUUGGUACAAAAUGCAGCAUCCUUUGUCUUGAGGAGGCUAACGCUUUUGAAGAACGACAUAAAGCCUGGGGAAUUGACUAUAUUUUUGAAAAAUUGUAUCUCCUUACAGAAAAGUAAAAAAAAAAAAAAAAAAAAAAUGCUGGUGGUAAUGGUGCAGGCCUUUAAUCCCAGCACUUGGGAGGCAGAGGCAGGCGGGUCUCUGUGAGUUCAAGACCAGCCUGGUCUACAAGAGCUAGUUCCAGGACAGCCUCCAAAGCCACAGAGAAACCCUGUCUUGAAAAACAAAAACAAAACAAAUUAAAAAUUAUGUUAAGGCUUAAAAAUAUAAUCACUUGAAAUUUUUCUUGUGAAACAUACAUAUCUUUGCUCAUAACUUUUAAAAUGAAAUCACACAUUAAAAUGUUACAAAUCAAUCCUUUGAAGAAUGUGAUUGGUAGCAAAAUAUUAAAUACCCUGUGACUUUUUCAUAGUCAGCAUUUAUUUCUUCUAUAACUAAAAAACAAAAAUGUAAUGCUUGUUACUUUAAACAACAAAUAACAAAAAUAGUAUGUAUGAAAAUUAGGAUCACUGAGGAAAUGUAAGAUUUUAAUAGGAAUUGGCAUAGUCUAUUUUUUUUAAUUAUACUUUAUUAUAAAUCUUAAUCUACUUAGGACCUGGGACCCCAUCUUUACUUGUUUUUCCCCUUGUAUAAUUUUAUAUUUAGCAGAAUUAAGAAACAAAAAAAAUUUAAACCAAUCUAUAUGGAAAAAGUGUUUUUGGCAAACUAUAAGAAUAAAACACGUGAGAAAUAUUUUUUA